CUCGUACCUAUUCGGCUCGGGCGAUGCUUUUCCUCUCCGCGAAACAUUAAAUGCUUUGCUACGUCUUUGCCUCCGAUUUGCGGCUUGCACGCCGGAGGGACGAACAGCGGCCGACGCGCCACUCGCCAGCAAGCAGUGUUUUGGCGGAGGACAGAGAGAAGGAAGUGAGCCCUCCUGCUUCUGUUCCUGCUUGUCGUCUUCUCUCCUUUCGUCACCCUCGCCAAUGAAACAGCGAGCAUGGAGAAGCUACUUGCGAAAUCGGCAUGCAGCACGUAUUAAGGAGCCCGCGCGUGAAAAUCUUGAGAGAAACAGCGUGCGGCUAAUUAGGAUCGGCCCUCGCGGCACUGUGCACCACAAAGCCUUGCUCCUCCGAGCCCGUGUGGCGCGCGCGCCGACACCGCGCCCCCCCACCGUCGGCUCGAGGAGGAACAGGAGGGGGCACACUAGCGGGUCUUGAAAGUCUUCAGCUGCAUCUGGCUGGAAAAAACAGCGGGGCAGGCUCAUUCACCCCCAAGGCAUCGGUCGAACUCUUUGCCGGUGGAGUUGUACAUCUUGCCGUCUGGUGCCCUGUAGACCUAUUUCGUGUCGAUCGGGCAUGGAAUGAUGGGCCAGAAGCAGCAGCAAUAUAUGCAGAGCGUCACUGGGCCUAUCUAGCGCGCUUCCAUCCAGUUGCCGCCAGGCGGUUCCCCCAGUGGCUCUGUCCCGCCAGCCACAGCCACAAACGAUGGCUGGGCGGGGGCGACGUCGCCGGGAAGCACAGGCCGUCGGUGGUCUUCAACCACCCGUUCUCAAGCACGCCAGCCACCACAUGCCCGGGCGAGAUCGUCAUGCCUGCCUUCUUCCCCAUGUCUGGCUCGGUCCGGUACUCGAUGUUGCUGCCGCUCACGAUUUCCCGGCUGGGCGGGGCAGGCGGCGGGGCCAACUCGAACAGAACAGACCCUGUGAUUAUGAUGCAUUUUAGCGCAAUGGCAAAAAGGGGUCAAACGGCGGCGAUUGGCAGCGAGUGGUGCAUAUACACACGUCGCACAUGCACUAUCUCACAGACCCCGUCACCGGGUGCUUCGCAGGGAGGAACAAGCCGCCAGUCAACCUCCAUGACGCCAGCGAUCGUCUCCCCCGCCUUGACAGUCUUGCCCGCCUUCUUCCCCAUGUCUGGCUCGGUCCGGCAGUCGAUGUUGCUGCCGCUCACGUUCGUCCAGACUGUGCCCGCGGCGACAACCGUCGUGUGCUGAUCAGGCGCGGCGGGGAUAGUGCCUGACUUGGCGGCCAUGCCUGGUGUCCAGUGGGCUUCGGUGUCGGGCGCGCUGGCGGUCGCUCAGAUAGCGACGUGGUGGGUUCUCUGGCAGGACUCUUGAGAGGUGCUUGAGCCAAAACGGCU